CGUCCAAGUACCUGCUUCACGCUUCAGUUCAAAAUCAGCGGAGUUGUUCUCUUGUCUGUUCAGUUUUAAAGUUAUCGAGUAAAAAUAUGCCUCGGUCAUUCUUGCAAACAAUACGAGAUUACAAAGAAGGAAGCCAUCAUUGCGAAGGAAGUGGUCACUAUGUCAUGACAACAAGGUCAGGCCUAAGCAUCCGCAAAACUCCAAUACCACAAAGCAAUCUGCCCACAAGCACUAAAGUAACACCUCCAGGGGACUCUUACAAAGUCAAGAGGGUGAUGAAAGACAAACCACUUAGUCUACUUCCAAUUGUUACCCGGCACAAACUGAAUGAAAAGCGACACCUUCUUCUUGAAGCUGGAGAGCGACUCGACAUGAAAUGGACUGAAGAUCCAAACUUUUAUAGAGCGCGCCAGAGGCAACCCACAAGUUAUUUGGACUAUGGUUCAGACUCGGAUGACAGUACACUGACAACAGACAGCGGGAUAUCAUCUGAAACAGGCUCUUUCCAGAAUGUUACCUACCCACAUUCAAUGAUAUCCCAAGGUGGCUCCAAGGGCUAUACUCACCCAUAUUCUCCCCUGAUUGAUGUAGUGAGUGUUGAUGAAGGUGACAAUAUGAUGACACAAACAUUGAACCCUGCCUCCCCUAGCAGUAGUAGACGAAAGCAAAUCUUGGGGGAUCGCACUCGACCAAGUAAUCACGCCCAAGUACAAGACUAUUGCAGUCCGAUAGCAGGUGGCUCAAGAGCUCUGACAGGGUGUUGCCAGACAGGGCUGUGUGGCCGCCCAGGAUGUAUUAAACCCACCAGGGGUGGAGGUCCUGAGAUGUUCACUGCCUCAGAAAACCUCGAGUUCCUCAAACUUCAAGUUCAGGCCCAUAUGUAUGUCACAGAUACAAACGGACGUCGUAUACACAAGUGCCUCGUCUGUGAUAAGGUCUUUAGCAUAUUCCUAGCAUAUAGUAUGCACGUACGCACACAUUUCAAGACGAAAAACCGAUGUCCGGUUUGUGGGAAAAUCUUCACAAGAUCUUGGCUUUUGAAAGGACAUAUGCGAGUUCAUACUGGAGAACGUCCCUUUAAAUGCCCUUAUCCUAACUGCCCAAAAGCUUUUGCUGAUAAAUCAAAUCUCAGGUCACAUCAAAUGAUUCACACAACAAAACAGAAGAUCCACAUGUGUACAGGAUGUAAUCGGGCCUUCGCUCAGAAGAGAUACUUACAUAAGCAUAUGUUGGAAGUUUGUAAGCAACAGUUACCUCCUGAUACACAAAACGACAACUAGAAAAAUAGUGAUAUCCUAACAUAACACAUGAAGUUUUAUAAGCAAAAGUUAUAUCCUGAUACAUAGUUGGAUUUUAAGCAAAAGUGAUAUCCAAACAUGACCACAUGUUGGAGUUUCGAAAUCAACAUGUCACCUACUACUGUCCCAAUAGACAAAUUGGUUAAAACAGCUAAGUACGUGUAGCUCAACAUUUUAUUAAACAAUGAACACACUAGUGAAAAUUAAGAAAAUUCUUGAAUGAUAUUAGUAUAGAACACUUGGUAAGCUUUCUCGCAGUGAACUUUUAGGCACAGUGAUAGAAGUGAGUCCAUAUAAAUGUAGAGUGCUGUUAAGUCAGAUAUGAACAUGCCCUUACAUCUGCUGACAGCAACAUAAAAUUGUUAUCAGAAAAUCCAGUCUGAUGUUUCAAAAUCAAUUGAAAAUAUAAAAAUAAAUAACAGAAAGAUAUUAGACAGCAGAUAUAGAAUUGAAUUAGUCAUGGACAUGGCCAGGAUCUAAAGAGAGGCGAGGGAAAAAAUAGGGUAGGCAAAUCUAGAUAAGGCAAAUUUAAAUAGGUGAGGCAAAUUUAAAUAAGUGAGGCAAAUUUAAAGAGAUGAGGCAAAUUUAA